ACGUAGGUGGUGACGUUAAGCGAGCUCAGGUGAGGAAGUGGAGCACAGAGGUGGCCAACAAAACAGCAGAAGGCUGAAGUUCCUCUUUGGAAAGCACACGCAGAGAAACUUACAGAGUCAUUUUCACACAGCUGACCGUCACAUCAUCGGACAAAACUACUUGUCGCACAAUGGAAGCCCAGACAGCCCAGCGAUGGCCCAACAACAGUCCUGUGAUUUCAGUGGCGCCCAACGACACGCGGCGUCUUCUGGAAGUUUACGUCAAACGCAGCCUCAGCCUCAACGACGAGUCGCUGGGAAUCAAGUCUCCCGAGCGUAAACUCAAGUGGGUGACCAUCCCCAAAAGGCACCGGAGACAUUCCAGCGACCCUUCCAUUCACUUGGCCGACGGCGUGAACGAAGACGGUGGGUUCUCGUCGCUCGCUACCGUCGACCUUCCCCCGGAGAUACUGCCGGACGACAAGGUCAGCAAGAAGUCCAAGAAGCACAAAAAGCCCUCCUUGUGGAAGAACUUCCUGGAUCUGUUCCCGCGGAGGAGCAGUGAGGAGAAAGACGAGGAGCAGGAGUGUCCGUACGAUGUUCCGGAAGCGUCCGACGAUGACUCGGACCACGUUUCCGUGUGCCUGCCCGCCUCGACGCCGGCCUCCUCGACAAAGAAGAAGUCCUUAAAGAGAAAUGUUUUGAGAAGAAGGUUUUCCAAGAGGCGCCUGUCCCUCAUUAAGUUCAACAAGCGAGAGGAGUUGAACCCGGCGGACAUCACCGUAGUAGAAGCCGUGGUGAGCGUGGAACCGACCAUCUCCUACUAUGAGAAGGUGUCCGAGGAACUGGAGAAGAUUCUCCACGAGGUCAAGGAAAAGGAGGAGGCGGUGACUAUGUCGGAUGAGGAGGUCAUCAACCGGAUCAUUGCUUUGACAAAGGAGCAGGGAGACGCUAUCGACGGCAAGAUUAGAGACAAUUCCACCCUGAGCAACUUCUUCAAGGGGAUGUCGUACUCGUCCUUCCAGAGGCUGGCCGACGCCUACCUGGAAAAGGAGGCGUCGCCCACACUCACCCAGCCCGCCGUCCUGUCCACGGCGCCCGAGCUGGUCAAGUUGGCCUUCACGCUGGACUUCACGGCUCGCGUCGCCGGCCUCUCCCGCCAAAACGUCGGUCACAUCACCGGCCUGGGCAACCGCUAUCUGCAAGACCGAUUUGAGUACAAACAAGCAUGUUCAGAUCAUCCCUGAUGACGGAGGAGGCAAAUCGUGGAAACAUUUCCGGGAGUGAAGUUAAGCUGAGGAUGUGAUGCAAGUUUCCCGUUUGACGUGGUUGUGUUUAAUUAUGCCGGAAGAGCAUAAUUUGCUGACACGGACGCUGUGAGGACAUUCCUCUGUGAACUUCACCGUACGGUAGUUGCUGGAUCUACUAUCGAGGUGGAUUCACGCUGCAAGGUUCUAGUGACACAAUUCAGAUUUUUUUUUUGUGUGUGUCACAAUUAGGAUGGUAGUUUACUGUAAAUGAAAAAAAAAUGAAUCUGGUCUAAAUACACUACAUCAGAGGUGUCUCCAUCUAAAUAAGCUAAAUAAUUGCAGACAUCGGCCAGUGGAGUAAAUGGGGACCCUCAUUUAAAUCAAUUGGGGAAAGAGUCAGUCCAGACCAACAUUAUGCUACAGUAUGUAAUUUUAUAUUUGUAUUAUUGUUUACUUCCAUGUUGACGCUUAUGUAGGUACUUAGGUGCAAUUUGGGCAUGUGCUGGUUGGAAGCAGAGCAGCGGUCAAACAUCAUGUUUUGUUUUCCAUCAAGGGGGCGUUACGACUGAAAAUCAUAAAACUGUAUAAUCACAUAGUAUUAUGGACACACAAUUACCUUUGCAUUUUAUUGCUAUAUUUUUUUUAACAUUGAAUUCAGUUUGACCAAAUAUGUUGGUUGGUGAAAAAAAUGCUUGUAAUAUCUGUAAGAAGGGUAGAAAAAUGGUAAUUUUCAUUUAAAAUGGAAAUAUACAUCUAUUUAGCAAGCAAAAUGAAAUAGUAGAUACUUGAUUCACUUUAGUGGGCCACAAAACUGAUGUGGUGGGCCAAAUCUGUCCCCCAGGCCUAGAGUUUGACACCUACACCUGAACUACAAGUUUUUAAAAAAUAAUCGCAUAUAGGCAGUAAAUCAUAAUUGAACCCUUGGACCUGCAGUGUAAAUACAGUCUUCGUGUAAUAAAUGUGAUGUUUUAUUGAUUUUGUUCAGAAACAACCCGUGCAAUACUGUUUACAGCACCGCCAAUUUCACAACUAGAAAAAUGUCUUAUUUAUUAGAAGUUCAAAUAAGAUGUGACAUGUUGAUUUUAAUGUGAAUGCAGGCAUUCAUCUUGCAAAUAAAAAUGCAGAAUCAACAAAAGCUGUCCUUUUGUUUUUGGAUGUAGAUUAGCGUUUGUUGUGUUAGCCUAGCACAGUAAGCCAAUGGUGGAAAGCCAAACAGGUGCCACACCUUUUGUCAACUUAAUGCGUACAUCUUGACGUCUAAAAAAAAAAAAAAAAAAAACAUGGUGCGACGUGGAAGCAUGCAAAAUGCGCCACGGGAAUGCCAACGUGUUGAGACCUUUUGGAACAUUUGGCGUUGAAUUAUGCAACACGCAGCCUCACCGCACCCCGUCUUUUCCCAACGCUAGCGUGUAAUUAAGAGAUGGAAUGUGGCAGUCUGUCAGCAGCCAAGUGGAAGCGUGCGCUGAUGGAUUCCACCUGAGGAACAGGUUUUCCCCGCAGGCAGGCCAGCACGGGAAACGCCUUAAUGUCGUCCCAUAGCACGGGAUGCUACUUCUUUCAUGGAAACAUAUCUUUACUCAUGACGUGUUUGGAAACUGACUGACAGAUUUUAAGAAAACACUGGACGGAAAAGGAUAGAUGUGCUGUAUAUAGUAGUCAGUAGUCAGUUCACCAUUUCGUAGUGCCGUUCGAAUAUGUAGUGAGUACAGGUUAUCCCCUACGUCGGUGAUUCACCAAGUGCGGUACUAGUACCACGAGUGGUACACGCAAGAAUCACUGCCUAACUGCAGUUCGGUUGUAUUUAACUUUUCUGUACAAUACAUUAGCAUUUAAUCUUUAAGAACUGUUUGUUUUUAAACUUUUAUCAAGGUACGAUUUGUAAAUUUUUGAUUUGCAAUGCAUUUUAAUUCAAUCAUUUAGGUACAGUUUUUUGUCUCCCUAUAUUUCUGUGCAGUGUUAAUGUUCAAACUGCGCAUUGUCAUAAUAUUAAAUGUACCGUAGACUACCAGUCAAAAGUUUUGAAACACUCUCUCGUGCCAUUGAAUAAAGAAAUGUCUCCAGACUUUUG